CUAUCAGUGAAGAAAAUAAUGAAACAAACAGCACUAUACUAGCAGAAAAAGAUUUCAAUUGUCUGGUUGAGGAGGUUAUGGAUGAUAUCAAUGAUAAAACACCUGUUAUAAAAGAUCCAGCUACAGGUUCUUCAAUAAAAAUUAAAAAACCAAAAACUCAAAACAUUCUAGUUGUACUUAUUGCAAAUAAUAACAAACUACAACUCCAAUCAGAAAGCCCAGAUGAUGGAUUUACCUUAAUUUCACAAAGGAAAAAAAAGGACAAAAAAAGUAAAAAAGAUCUUACAAAUCAGAAA